AUGAACUACAUUAUGUGCAGAAAUAAUUUAUCUCAAAGUUCGUUACCACAGCUUUCUAGUUCUGCAGUCAACGAUGCCAACAUUGACUACUUUUCCUUAAAACCAAAACUUUCCUUAGAUACAAACAGUUCUGGCAACAGUGAGAUAAUCUAUAGUGAUUGUGAUAAUAAUAAGAAUAAUAAUGAUGAUGAUGACGAUGAUGAUGACUACAACAAAGACACAUACGAUGAGCUACUUGAUCCUUUCGACACUAUAGCUGUUAAUCAACAUGAUUUGGAGUACUAUUCUCCAUUGACACCUUUUGAAAUACAAAAUACUUCACCGCAAGAUUCUAUCAUAUCUUCAAAAUCAUCUAAUAAAUCUAAUAGUCUACAGCCAUUCCCACUAACAUUACCAAAUUUAACUAAUUACAGAUUCCUAAUAGUUGAUGACAAUAUAAUCAAUUUAAAGAUUCUUAACCGUGUAUUAUUAAAGUUGUAUCCUAGAAGCAAUAUUGUUCAAGUUCAAGAUUCUAAAUUGGUUAAUGAAAUUCUACAACGUCAACAUUUUGAUUCUGUAUUUCUCGACAUUGAAAUGCCAGAUAUCACCGGUAUUGAUAUUGCUAAGUUCAUAAGAUCAGAUGAAAGAUUCAAUCAAAUGGCUGUAAUUGCUGUUACAACAAGAAAUAGUGCCAAAGAUUUACAACAAUAUAAGGAAUGUGGAAUUGAUCAUACUUUCCACAAGCCAUUAAAUUAUUCUUUGGAUCUUAUAGGUGGUUCAAUUGACGACAUUAUUGAAAGAAGGAAAAGUUUAUAG